GUGGCUGAAGGGCUGGUCCCGGGUGAGCUGCAGCCCUGCUCGCUGGCCGUGGGAGAGGCUUCAAACAAACGCAGGAAGCAACUCCCAGCCCCAUAAAGAUCUGUGACCGGCAGCCCCAGAACUGCCUGCCUUCCUGACUUCUGCUCCAGAGCAAAGGUCAUCCAUUCGCUUGAAUCAGCCUUUUUCCCCCCCCUUCCCCAACUUUGUUAACCUGAUAAGGAAGGUCAGCACUCAAAGUCAAGAAGAGCCUCUUAUCUUCCCCUGCGCUCUACAAAUAGUUCCGUGAGAAAGAUGGCCGGGAACUCGAUCCUGCUGGCUGCUGUGUCUGUUCUUUCGGCCUGUCAGCAAAGUUAUUUUGCUUUGCAAGUUGGAAAGGCAAGAUUAAAGUACAAAGUUACGCCCCCAGCAGUCACUGGAUCACCAGAGUUUGAGAGAGUAUUUCGGGCACAACAAAACUGUGUGGAGUUUUAUCCUAUAUUCAUAAUUACGUUGUGGAUGACUGGAUGGUAUUUCAACCAAGUUUUUGCUACUUGUCUGGGUCUGGGGUACAUAUAUAGCCGUCACUUAUACUUCUGGGGAUAUUCAGAAGCUGCUAAAAAAAGGAUCACUGGUUUCCGAUCGAGUUUGGGGAUUUUGGCCUUGUUGACCUUCCUAGGUGCCCUGGGAAUUGCAAACAGCUUUCUAGAUGAAUAUCUGGACCUCAAUAUUGCCAAGAAACUGAGGCGGCACUUCUAACUUUUUCUCUUCCCUUUAAUGCUUGCAGAAGCUGUUCCCACCCUGAAGGCAAUGUGAUGUCAUUUGUUAAAUACAAAUAAAUAAAGCCUUUAUUCUGUUUUUCUUGAAA